GUGAGUAAAUGUGUUCAUGCGCCGUUCUUCUAUCAGCUGAGGGAGUAAGUUCUACAUAUGUAUAUUUGUCUCUUUACGUGCACUCAUACGUAAGCUUCUACAUCUGUUGAAAGAGUGAGCGGAGUAUUGUAGAGAAUGAUUAAACAAAUCUGGACAACUUUUUCUUUUUCAUUAACUUAAACGAGUAUUGUUAAGUAGGUCAACAUUAUUAUCAUAGUUUUAGUGAAAAUUUUUUCGCAACUGACUAUAGUAAAAUAACCUCAAACUAUAAGAAAAUAACUUUCUAUUACGAUUGAGGUUAUAUUAUUGUAGGUGAUUGUUUACUAACAACUCAUUUUUGAUAUAUUUUCAAGACUAUGGAGCUGUUAAAUGAAAAUGUUGCAUAUUUGAGUAACUAUGAAGUGUUAGAUAUAUUAAAAGGAAUAAAGGGAAAUAAAAAACAAAAAACAAGAAAUCAACUGGCUACAAUAACAUAUCAAACUGUAAGAUACCUAGAAGAUAGUUGCUGCAAAACUCAAACGCCUGACAAAAUUAAAGAAUUUUUAAAAGCCUUAGAGCCAUUUAAAUUGACGAAAAAUGAAAAACUGGCUUUAUUAAAUCUACGACCAAAGACAGCACUGGAAAUACAGCUGAUCGUUGAAGACAGUGAAGACAGGUUAAAUGAGAAAGAAAUUGAAUGGCUUCUUCAAACUGUUGAAGUUCAUUUGAAAGAUCCGAUUGAAAUUAAACAAGAAAUAAUGGAAGAAGGUAGUUGACUUGCUGGACAUGUUAUGU